GCAGCUAAAGAUCUCCUCCUCUCACGCCUCUGUAUCUUUCUCUCUCUGCUGGACACUUCCUUUUUCUCUCUCUACCCUCUCUCCACCCAAAUAUCUUUGCAAAAUCUCUCAUUUACACUCACCGGAAACAUAGAUCAAAGACACUAAUUUUCACCAAACGUUUUCCCUCGACACUCCAAAUCUAUCAGUUAAAUGGCUACCUCGUCUGAAAGGUGGAUAGAUCGUCUUCAGUUCUCCUCGCUAUUUUGGCCUCCCCCACAAGAUGUUCUUCAACGGAAGGCUCAAACUACUGCAUAUGUUGAAUAUUUUGGUCAGUUUACAUCAGAGCAGUUUCCUGAAGAUAUAGCCGAGCUGAUCCGGAACCACUAUCCAUCUAAGGAAAACCGACUUUUUGAUGAUGUUUUAGCAAGAUUUGUUCUUCAUCAUCCAGAGCAUGGGCAUGCUGUCAUUCAUCCAAUUAUUUCAUGUAUCAUUGAUGGUACAAUGGAAUACGAUAAAAGUAGUCCACCUUUCACUUCUUUCAUUUCUUUGGUCUGCCCUAGCAAUGAGAAUGAGUAUUCUGAACAAUGGGCUCUUGCAUGUGGAGAGAUUUUACGUAUUCUAACCCAUUACAACCGCCCGGUUUAUAAAGUUGAAAGACAAGACUGUGAAGCCGAUAGAAGCAGCAGCAGCUCUCAUGCUUCAACGAGUAAACCAAUAGAUGGAGAACCGAGUGUUCCUUCUAUACAACAUGAGAGGAAACCAUUCAGACCAUUGUCUCCAUGGAUCACUGACAUAUUGCUUGCGGCACCUCUAGGGGUUAGAAGUGACUACUUCCGUUGGUGUGGUGGUGUUAUGGGAAAGUAUGCAGCUGGAGACCUCAAACCACCUUCAACUGCUUCCUCGCGUGGGUCUGGAAAGCAUCCACAACUAAUACCUUCGACUCCAAGGUGGGCUGUUGCUAAUGGUGCGGGUGUUAUAUUAAGCGUUUGUGAUGAGGAAGUUUCUCGCUAUGAGACUGCAACCUUAACUGCCAUUGCUGUUCCUGCACUUCUGCUGCCACCACCGACAACACCCAUGGAUGAGCAUCUAGUUGUUGGCCUACCAGCACUGGAGCCAUAUGCACGUUUAUUUCAUCGAUACUAUGCCAUUGCUAGCCCAAGUGCCACACAGAGGCUUCUGCUUGGACUUUUAGAAGCUCCGCCUUCUUGGGCUCCUGAUGCACUUGAUGCUUCCGUACAACUAGUUGAACUUCUUCGAGCAGCCGAAGAUUAUGCAUCUGGAUUGCGGCUUCCUCGGAAUUGGAUGCAUUUACAUUUCUUGCGUGCAAUUGGAAUUGCAAUGUCCAUGAGAGCGGGUAUUGCUGCAGAUGCUGCAGCUGCCUUACUUUUCCGAAUACUUUCACAGCCCGCUUUACUUUUCCCCCCGUUAAGACAAGUGGAAGGAGUUGGAGUCCAACACGAACCCCUGGGUGGUUACAUUUCUUGGGAUAGAAAACAGAGAGAUAUACCCGAAAUUGAAGCCACGGUUGAAGCAACUGCCCAAGGGAUUGCGUCAAUGCUUUGUGCACAUGGCCCCGAGGUUGAAUGGAGAAUAUGCACGAUCUGGGAAGCUGCUUAUGGUUUGAUUCCUUUAAGCUCGUCUGCCGUUGAUCUUCCUGAAAUUAUAGUUGCAACGCCAUUGCAACCGCCUAUUCUUUCGUGGAAUUUAUAUAUUCCACUGCUUAAGGUCCUUGAGUAUCUUCCUCGGGGGAGUCCCUCUGAAACGUGUCUCAUGAAAAUAUUUGUUGCCACUGUUGAAGCAAUUCUUCACAGAACGUUCCCACCCGAGUCCUCCAGAGAAGAAACACAGACAAGAUAUGUUUUUGGGUCUGCUUCCAAGAAUCUGGCUGUGACAGAACUGCGAACAAUGGUGCACUCGCUUUUCCUGGAAUCAUGUGCUUCUGUAGAGCUUGCCUCGCGCCUUCUUUUUGUGGUGUUAACGGUUUGUGUGAGUCAUGAAGCAAAGCACAAUGGAAACAAGAGGCAUAAAGGCGAAAAUUAUCACAAUAAGGAUGGAGACUCUGCAGAUUCGCCAGGAAGGCAGAAAGAAAAUGGAAGAAAGAAACCGAAAAAACAAGGACCUGUGGCAGCAUUUGAUUCUUAUGUUCUCGCUGCUGUUUGUGCUCUUUCUUGUGAACUUCAGCUUUUCCCUUUGAUUUCGAGAGGGUGUAACCAAUUAGAUCCUAGGAAUAUGACUAAGAUGGUAAACGAAUCAUCCAUUGAGUUUAGAAAUGGGAUUCAUUCGGCAGUCAGACAUACUCACAGGCUACUAGCAAUUCUAGAGGCACUUUUCUCUUUGAAGCCAUCUUCGGUUGGAACCUCGUGGAGUUACAACUCGAAUCAGAUAGUUGCUGCGGCUAUGGUUGCAGCUCACGUUUCUGAUCUGUUUAGACGCUCAAAGGCUUGCAUGCAUGCUCUUUCCAUCUUGAUACGGUGUAAAUGGGACAACGAAAUUCACUCUAGAGCAUCGUCACUUUAUAACCUUAUCGAUAUUCACAGCAAAGUCGUUGCAUCUAUUGUCAACAAGGCUGAACCUUUGGAAGCACACUUGACGCAUACUUCUUCUGUGCGAAAGGAAAUUAUUCCCACCUGUUUUCACGGGAGAGAGAGUAAUAAAUGUGCAAGCUGUAACUGCUUAAAACCGGGGCCUGCUUGCGAAGACUCAUCUAAUCCAAGAACUGUAAUAUUGUGUGAGAAGGCUUCGUACUCAACAGAGACUGCCCGGGGCACCAUGUGUAAAGAGAUUGCAAGUUUCCCGACAGAAGCUUCAGAUUUGGCCAACUUUCUCACGGUGGACAGGCAUAUAGGAUUUAAUUUCCAUUCUCAAGUCCUUCUCAAGUCUGUACUUGCAGAGAAACAAGAAUUAUGCUUUUCUGUUGUUUCGUUGCUCUGGCACAAGUUGAUUGCAUCGCCUGAAAUACAGCCGAGUGCAGAAAGCACAUCCGCUCAACAGGGAUGGAGGCAGGUCGUUGAUGCACUAUGCAAUGUUGUCGUAGCUUCGCCUGCAAAAGCUGCAACAGCUGUUGUGCUUCAGGCGGAGAGGGAAUUGCAGCCCUGGAUUGCUAAAGAUGAUGAUCUUGGUCAGAAGAUGUGGAGAAUCAACCAGCGUAUAGUGAAACUGAUUGUAGAACUAAUGAGAAAUCACGAUACCACGGAAUCUGUUGUAAUUCUGGCUAGUGCAUCUGACCUCCUUUUACGGGCCACAGAUGGAAUGCUCGUUGAUGGAGAAGCAUGCACCUUGCCUCAACUAGAGCUUCUCGAGGUCACAGCUAGAGCAGUUCAACUAAUUAUUGAGUGGGGGGAAUCUGGAUUUGCAGUUGCAGAUGGUAUCUUAAACCUUUUGAAGUGUCGGUUGCCAGCCACUGUCCGGUGUGCAUCUCAUCCAAGUGCUCACGUUCGUGCUCUCAGCAUAUCAGUCCUCCGUGCAAUUCUGCAUGCUGGUUUGGCAAAACCGAGCACUAAACAAGUGAACAAAAACGGGAUCCAUGCUCCUCCUCACCAGUGCUUGAAUGUAGGCGUCAUCGACUGGCAAGUUGAUAUAGAGAAGUGCUUGAACUGGGAAGCUCAUAGCCGCCUUGCAAAUGGAAUGUCUGCUCAGUUUCUUGACACCGCGGCUAAGGAACUAGGGUGCACUAUAUCUGUUUGAAACUCUAGUUAUGUAUGACUGUAUCCUAGGUGCCAUUAAUUGCUGUAUUCUUAACAUGGAACUCCCAUCGGCACGAGAAGCUGCCAGUUUGUCUUGAUGGAUGGUAUGAAGGAAAGAAACAGAAGAAUAUGGCCUUUUCAGAGUUGAAACUUGAAACAAGAAAUCACAGCCCUCCCCUGGAUCAAUGGUUGCUGUAAAUCUCAACUGUAGGCACAUGGCUUUAUCUUAGUGUAAACUGAUUACACCUGAUUUGUGAAAACGUAAAUCCAACAUAAUUAGCAGUUAGAUGUCUGAUGGUUGAAUUUGAUAGACUUGGAAACAGUGGUUCAGUGGACAAUUUGACCUCUGACUUGCAUGUAAUAUUGUAAUAAUCCUUUCCCUUUAAUUAUGCUAUGGAAAUUGUUUGAUAGAAA